AUGGGCAAAUCUUCAAAGAGGUCUAAAGAUGUUUCUCUGACAAAAGUGAAGCCAAAAGGCAAAGAACUAAAAACAAAAAUCAUUGACCAGUUUAAUGAGUUUUUAUCCCAGUUCCCGACUGUUAUUGCCUUCCAAUAUCACAAUUUUAAGACUCAUCCAUUCCAGGAGAUCAGAGAGAUGUACACAAAUAGCAAAUUUUUGCUAGGAAAAUCCUCUGUGUUGAAAAAAGCAAUAAUCCAAGCACAAAAGGCUGAAAAUAGGCCAAAUCUUGAUGAGCUGGCAAAUCAUAUGGUUGGAAGCUGCGGGCUUAUGUUUACCAGAGAAAACAAAGAUGAUAUCAUAAGUCACUUUUUGACUUGGAGAGAAAGCUCAAGCUUAAAUCCAGGCCAAGUCGCUAGCGAGGAUGUAAUUAUUCCUGCAGGCGCUGGCACCUUUACAAAAUUUUCUAACACAAUUGAGCCUUAUUUAAGAAAUUUAGGUCUUCCCACAAGACUCCAUGAAGGUGUAAUUGAAGUCCUUAAAGACUUUACAGUUUGCCGUGCAGGUGAAGAGGUUAACCCUGAAAAAUGCAGAAUUCUAAGGCUUUUAGACAUAAAGCAAGGUGAGAUGAGAAUAAUACCGAAGGGCAUUUGGGAAAAUGGCCAAUAUAAAGAACUUUAA